AUGGCUUUCAGUGGGAAAUAUCAGCUGGAGUCACAUGAGAACUUCGAGGUGUUCAUGAAGGCCAUUGGGUUGCCGGAUGAUGAGAUUGAGAAAGGCAAAGACAUCAAGAGCAUCUCAGAGAUCCAUCAGGAUGGAAACGACUUCAAAGUGACAGUGACGUCGGGAACUAAAGUCGUCCUGUACUCGUUUACUGUGGGUGAAGAGUGUGAACUGGAGACCUUCAUUGGAGAGAAAGCUAAAACUGUGGUUCACAUGGAUGGGAAUAAGCUGAUGGUGUGUUUGAAGGGGAUCGAUUCAGUGACGGAGCUGAAUGGAGAUACCAUCAUUAAUAUCCUCACCUUCGACGGCAUCAUCUAAAAGAGGAUCAGCAGAUGCAUCUCCUGAUCAGAUGUAAGGAAUGUUCUCAUGCACAUCUCCGCUACAUUCAAUCAAGAAUCAACAGCACAAAACAGAAAUCUGCUGGA